AUGGUUCCAAUAUUGGUCUAUUUGUUGAUCAGUUGGCAAAAACAUUUAGAGCCAUGCUCCGUAAGAUAUUUUUGGUUGAAAUCAAUUAAUUUUUGCAACCAUUGGAGGGAUGUAUCAAUUGCAAAAUUGAAGGCAAUUCGUGAUAUUUGGAGAUCUUCAGCAGAAAGAUUUGGUGAUCGGGUUGCAUUGGUUGAUGCACAUCAUGACCUACCUACAAAUAUGACAUACAACCAGCUAGAGGAGGAUAUUUUGAAUUUCGAGGAAGGUUUAAGAGUUAUUGGAAUCAAACCAUGUGAAAAAGUUCUACUCUUUGCUGACAAUUCAUGCAGAUGGCUUGUUGCUGAUCAAGGUAUUAUGGCUACAGGAGCAAUAAACAUUGUGAGAGGGUCUAGAUCAUCUAUAGAAGAGCUCUUACACAUCUACACUCAUUCUGAAAGUGUCGCACUUGCUGUGGAUAAUCCUGAAUUCUAUCACCGAAUUGCAACGAGAUUUAAUUCAAAGGCAUCUGUUAGAUAG